AUGGUUACUUCUACUCCUUAUUAUGCACAGGCUAAUGGGCAAGCUAAUGGGCAAGUAGAAGCAGCAAAUAAGAUAUUGAUAAGCUUGAUUAAAAAGCAUAUCGGGAGUAAGCCUCGAACAUGGCAUGAGACUUUAAGCCAAAUAUUGUGGGCCUAUCGAAACUCACAAAGAGGUUCGACAGGAACUUCACCUUAUAAGUUGGUAUAUGGCCAUGAUGCGGUAUUACCAUUGGAAAUUAAUUUGAAUACUUUAAGAGUAUCGAAACAAAAUGAUUUACUAGUCGAUGAUUAUUGGAAUGCAAUGUUUGACGAGUUAAAUGAGUUAGAUUUAGAGCAAAUCUUGGCACCUGAGACAGAAAGAAAGUGUUGUUUGAAGUUAUAA